ACAGUAGGCUUGGACCUAGAUAAGGCUGCUACUAGCUAAUCGAACCCAGUCUUAGUCGAGGGCUUUUCACGAGUAUUCGACAGGUGUUUGUACAGAGAGCAAAGCGCAUGCUGCGUGCGAAUAUGUGGGGUGGGGGAGGGGAAGGUGAGGUGUGGUAGAAGUGGCAGACGAAAGUAUAUGAAUAGACAAGAAAGUUCGAAAGGCUUUUCAAAGAUACAGGAGUCAAAGUUCCAGAGACGUGAAGUAAAACCUGCGAGCAAAGGAUCCCUUGUUCUCGAACAAAAGAGACAUGCUGCUGGCGAGCCAGAAAUGUGCCGAAGCUCGUCACGACGGUUGACAAAGAGACUGUUUACGCAAGACCAGCGCCGAAACCCCACGCGGAGCAUGCCGCCUGCUGACGUCAGAGUGUAUGAAUCCUUUCAAGCGCGCAUAUACUCAUUCGGGCACUGCGAUUGUUCUGUAUAGUUUUCUAUACGGGUACCCAUUGUGCGUUGAGGACACCCGCAUGUCAUUUAUUUGGUCAGAUAGCCAGCGCUAAAUAUAUAAGGUCACGUGUUCGAGAUAUAAGCAAGGAAUCACAGCCUACGACAAGAGAAAGAGCUUGACACUUCACAGAGUGAUUGGUUCGAAACUAGAGGUUUACCUUAGAUUUCUGAAUCCUUUUGGAGCUCGUGAUUGGACCAGAGGAUAUUUUCUGGUGCUGGUUUAUUUUAUAAUAUUUGAUUUUUCAACUUUCUUGCUUUCUUGUGAAGAGUCAGGACGGUCUGCGAGUGACAUGGGUGACUGGUGGCCUGAAAACUACUCUGCCGAGGAGUUGGCCAAUGGUUGAAGCAGCAACGGAGUGCAGGUCGAUACGGUACCUGGAUGCAGCCGUUGGCGUCUGCGCUGUUUCGAUGGAUGACGAAGCAUGAGCUUAGCCGAUAACGGGCGAGAGGACUUUUUUUCUGCUGAUUAAAAAAAAAAAAAAAUGGUGUAGGAAAGAAAAGCCGGUCACCAGGUGAUUUGAAGGGUGCAGGCGAUAGUGGGUGACGAAGCACAAGGUAUCGUUUCGCUGUUGCCCGUGUUAGCUUCCACUCUCAUGUUGUGUUCCGGUUACUUUACAGCGAACAAGUGAGCGGGCACGCAGGCACGCAUGCACAAACAACUGGUGGAUGCGUGCAUUUUUCCACCCUGCGAGGAGUACGAGUAAAGAACGAACAAACGAACUUCAAGCAUUUUAAAGUUGGGUGGAGAGGAUAAGAGACAACAGAUAUUCCGGAAUAAAAAGACUCGAAAUAGAGCCGGUGAGCCCGUAGUCUGAGAAUACUCAGUGUUGGCAUUGAUUCCGUGGGGUCUGAGGCGAGGAUAUCGCAUAUCUCGUUUGGCCCGCGAGAUUUGUCGGCAGUUGACUGCUAUAAGAUUUAAGGGCUGUCAUCAAGAUCAAAUAUCUUUGACACCCCGAACUGGGACUUACUAGCUCGUCGCUUUAUAUGUAGCACCGGGACCUUCUCAGAUGUCUGUCACAGCUUUAGACUGGAUAUCCAUUGUGAAUGUAAGAGACAAAUGAGUGUAUACACACAAGUCGUUUUAACAAAAGACGCACUGAAAACAGAUGCUUAAAGAAAAAUGUCAGACACCCAGAGUAAACAGUAGACAGUAAACACAAAAUAAGCCUCUCGAUCGUUACCCAGGAGAAGGGAUUAGGACCAGAAGCCAACGGUCUUUCCUUUCCAGUGCACUUGACAAAGGGUGGACAGCAUGAUGAGAAUACAAGCCAACCUGGUCACGGACCUAACAAACAUGACAGAUGCCCAGCUGGAGAGGGAGUUCUGGACGGAAAGUCUGCAGCCUGUGGCCGGGAAGGAGUCUGGGCACCACAGCGACAACUCGCAGUCUGCAGACAGACCAAAGUCUUCAGACAGUAAGACCUCGUCCGGGCAAUCUGAUCAGUCCACUGAAGACGAACAUGGACCUGAAGGCUCGCCAGACUCGAAGUCAAAGACCUCCAAGAAGCGACACCAACAGUCUCUUUGGAAAUCGCUCAGGAAAAUCGGCGGCGAUCUCAACGAGGACACUCGCCGCAUGUUCCAUAAUCUGAGAGGCCGGCUGCAAAGAGGAAGUGAACCGCGCCAGACGAAGGUCAAGGCCGUUCACAUCCUGCCCUGGCGACGACGACGACAGCACAUGGGCGCGUCGUCUGGCGAGCGGGAGCGCCACCAGUCGUUCCAGCAGCGGCUCCGACGCCCUGUCGUCUGAAACAUAGCGAAAUAAUGGAAACAUCUGGAAACAAAGUGAAACAACAAGCACCAGAAGACGCUGGGAUCAGAACCGGAAGUUCAGAUCUGGCUUGGUCAAAUGGAACCGGAAGUGAGCAAUGGCGGAGACUGACGUGCUUGGUGUGCAUGGAGAGAACCAAACACUAGUCUUUGCUUGAGGCCUCGCAGUUUUUGGCCUUUUUCUCCGUCCAUUCAGCCUCAUCCCCAGUGUGCAGUGUGCAGCUUUUGACAUCUUGGCUGGAGCGAACACUAGUUUGCAGCUGGAUUCAUUCUGUCAGGGUUUUUUUUUUUUUUUUUUUUUUUUUGUCCUUUUCACUUUGCUUUAUUCAAGUUUCCCUCUUCCGGCUGCAUGAGUCAGAACGGUUUAUCACCUUUUGCUUUAAAAAUGAUAUUUUAUGUUCAUGAACCACCUGUAAUAAAUCCAGAAUACUCCGAAGAAAUUAAGCUACGCUAAAUCAACAGUGUGAAAAGAGAAAUUGUGUUCGUAAGCUAGGCUUACUUACUAUGAAAGGAAACAUGUUAACGGAUAUAAGUGAACUGAACAAAGUGUAACAGUGCUAGUCCGUUGAAUGACAGGGUAAACCAUUGGAAGAAAAACUUAUACAUGUAAAUCAGUUUUAAAAAAUGUGUCGAGGACUUAACUGACAGUUGUAAAUAAGUGUAAAUUUGGUUCGAUGGCAGUGUGUACAUGUGCUGACUGAAACGGUGUGUAAAGGCGUUGGGCUGAAACAAUGUUAAAAUGUUGUAAAAAUGUAAUUCUUUAAACUUAAAUAUCAGUGAGAACGACUGGUGAAAAAGUGCUAAACGUGUGUACACAUGUUGAUAAAAACAUAAGUGUAAAAUAGUUUCCAUUUUUAGAGGAAAUGUGCUUCAGAAACAGACGAUGAUAGAAUGAACAAAAUGUAAACAAUAUUGUCCCUAGUUCGACAAGCACGCUUUCCUCUACUGCUUCCAAAACGUUUGUAAAUCUGCUUGAUAACACAGCAUUCAUAAGCAUUGUGAUAGAUUAGAAAUGCCUAUUGUCUGUGGAUUUAUAGCCUUUGUAAACCGAGGCCAUUGUCCAGAUAUUCAAACCUUACAAAGGUCGAUAACACGUUGACUGACAGUUACAGCACGUGAAAAACACGACGAGCGACGUUGGAAUUGAGUUCGUGUGGUUGAGAGAGUUUGUACAGGUGUUUGUACAAGGUGUGUACACGAACUUCCCGCGAGUUGAAAGGCGAGUUCACUUCUCAUGUUGGUGUGUAUUGAAUUUUUUCAAGGAGAAAAUCAGAACCAGCCCAUCAAUUGUUAAUAAAGAUUCACUAAAAAAAC